AUGUACCAAGAGGCAUUUUAUGUUUUUCUCUUCCGUGAAGAAACAUUGUAUAAGCACGGCAACAAAGCUGACAUCGUACUUGUGAACAAACCAUUGUUGGGAGAAGUUUGUGUUGAUGAAAGAUCGAUGCGGAAAGGAGAUUCUACAAUGAGAAGUUGGGUUUUUCUUCUCUUCCUGGUCCUGCUGGGUGCUCCUCAUGGGACGGCUGGUACUGAUGACCACCACUGUACACAGAGAGAGGGGACCUCCCUUACUGUACUGAUGGAUGCAUUUAUGAUGUAUUGUGGUUAUUCAUACUUCUUGGAGAACGUUCUGAAUCAUGUAUCAAACAGAUUCCCCUGCGUCACACGACAAUACACUACAGUAAUCCUGGACUAUGCAGAAACCAAUGAAACUAUCACCAAUGACACGAGUGAUUUCUUACAAAGCAUAACAGGAAACUAUGGGAAUGACACUUCUGCUUAUGAUAAUUACGAUGACCAUCUAAUAAACUGCAAUCAGUCCCUCCUCUAUGGGGUGAAGAGAGCUCUGGAGAUUUCCCCCGCUGAGUCCAUCAUUUGGGUUUAUACAGUUGGCUCCAUGACAGAUUACAACGACCCUCAGCUCCUGUCUGAUGUUCAUACAUUGCUGGAGGAAAAGAAGUCCCAAGUUUAUUUUCUGUUGUACCCAUGGUGGAAUUGUAUACUGAGUGCUUCCCAGCGUGAUGUACUUAAUGAUAUUUCAUCUCUUAGUUACGGAGAAGUGAUUCCUAUGUAUAUUACUGAUAAUUAUAAGUUAUAUCGCUCAUUGGAAUUAUUGUUGUCUAAACCUCUAAAUUCAUCUGUGCCCAUCCUGAACAUCAACGUAAAUGUCACAUAUACCGAUAAAUAUACUGGUUUGUUUAAUGUUCCAACUUCCUUAUCAUAUUUACUGAUCAUAGGAGAUGAGAAAUUCACUCUUAGAUUUACUGAUCCGAAUGGUAAGUUCAUGUCUGUAGAUUUACAGUAAGAUUGUCUGAAUGUAUAGACUACAUCAUUUCCAACAAAUGCAAGAAGAUAAAACACAAU